AUCACGUGUAGUCUACUCCGCAGUGCGUCACCGUCACUCUGGUCGAUAAGCUGCGAUAGCCCAUCUCCAUCCUCGGCCUGCCACGGCUGCUGGCAGCCGGGAUCAUCAUCGAUCAUCAUGGCUCGUUCUCAGCACUCUCGAGCCCGGCUCCGGGGCAUAUCAAGCCUGUGUGCAUUAUUUAUAUCAGCUUUCAAACUACCAGCGGCCGCAGGGACCUAUGAUAAUUCGCCUGCGAUCCAGCUCCCCAUCUUACCGCCACCCGCAUCCUUGGAUGAACCGGUGUUGUCACCCGAACCACAUGAGUUUUCUCUCCGUCACAUCUUCCACCGGGGAACAUAUCAACAUCCGGAGCUGCAUGCUAGACUCGACGUCAACCCCAACACCCACCUGUGGACGCCGUCUGAAGAUGGCACCGAGCCAGAGCCCUUCACGAGCAAAGCCCCCUUGAUAGCCUCCUCGAACCCCAUCACUAUACAACGCCUGGCGGAUCGACGUGUCCCGGUCAUAGAAGGACAAAUGUCUGCAGUGCGAUCAUCGGGCGUUGCUGCCUCGUCGCCGGCGGAUUGGGUGAUGGAUACACUGGCAGGUCCAAAUGUGACGGACAAGCAGACGGUGUUAACUUUUGCACGAAUGACCGCAAAUGACUAUAUUGAGGAACCCGGAACAGAGGACUGGCAAACCAUCCACGGCAGGUUCAACUACUCCAACAGCUUCGGAUGGAAAACGGACGGCCUUCGAGGGCACAUCUAUGCGGACCAAAAAAACACCACCAUAGUGAUCUCCUUGAAAGGCACAUCCCCGGCUCUCUUUGACGGCGCCGGCACGACAACGAAUGACAAGGUCAAUGACAACCUGUUCUUUAGUUGCUGCUGUGGCCAGGGCGGCUCGUAUCUGUGGAGGCAAGUCUGUGACUGCCAGAGCGACGUCUUUACCGCCAACUUGACCUGUAUUGUGGAAGCUAUGCAUGAUGAGAAUAGAUACUACCGGGCAGCCGUCGAUCUCUACUCCAAUGUGACCGAGAUCUACCCAACCUCAAACGUCUGGCUCACAGGGCAUUCCCUGGGUGGUGCUAUGGCCAGUCUCCUUGGCUUGACGUUUGGCCUCCCCACAGUCACUUUUGAAGCGAUUCCCGAAGCCUUACCUGCAGCUCGACUCGGUAUCCCGAGCCCGCCGGGCCAUGAUCCUCGCCUUCCACAAAAGCGUGACUUUACGGGUUCAUAUCACUUUGGGCACACGGCUGACCCGGUGUACAUGGGCACCUGCAAUGGUAUCAACUCUCUUUGCACAUGGGGUGGCUAUGCGUUUGAAUCCGCCUGUCAUACCGGCCAGAUGUGUACGUAUGACACGGUAGGUGACAAAGGGUGGCGCGUGGGUCUCGGAACGCACCAGAUCAAAAAUGUCAUCUCAGACGUGAUCGAGGCUUAUGUUGACGUGCCACAAUGUGCACCAGAGGAGGAAUGUUACGACUGUGUCCUUUGGAAAUUCUUCAAGAGUAACGGCUCUGAGAUCACCACGACAACCACCACGACCAAGACCUCUCCGACCCUCACGAGGACAUUGACAUGCAAGACUCCCGGCUGGUGGGGAUGUCUGGACGAGUCAACCACAGUCACAACAACGACAAGUACGACCACGGCAACCACAACCACAUCGACCUGCAAAACGCCCGGCUGGUUUGGCUGCAAGGAUCCGACAACCACAACCAGUAUAAUUUCUACAACUUCCAAGUCGACCCCGGCUUCCAGGUGCGAGACCCCGGGUUGGUUCGGCUGCCAUGAUCCCACGACCACCAGUAACAUGGUCACGCCAGCGCCUUCUAUCAGCACGCCAACUGCAACUUUGACUUCGGCAACUUGCCAUGAUCCGGGCUGGUUUGGCUGUCGGGACCCGGUGCCCGAACCAACACCCACUCAUGAAUAGAUCAGCGUUGACAUGGUGGGCGCAUAACAUAUACACACAAGACAUUCUGGUAGUUCAUCUGUCCCGGCUCGGGAUCACCACUUCAUACACACACGAACUGAUCUGGGGCAGUCCACCGAAAGACUCGGUGAGUCCGUGCCUGCCAUAUAUCUCCGCUUCAGCCUCUGGUUUUUCUUUUCUCCAUGAGUUUGCUUGGCUACGCAUGUGGAUGUUUCCGCAGACUGCUUGCUUCGAUUUCGAAUGUGAGCCCAUGGCUUUUUGAGGGAUCAUAGCCGUGUGUGAGCCGGUCAGUUUCUACGGCCUGUGUAGUGAAUAGUAUACGGUAAAUAUGCCGGGCUCUGUAUCGGCGCCAGGCGAAUCACACUGACCCCCGAGCUACCCGACAUGUCCAGAUUGCACCCGUCGGAGCGACCGAUUCGAGGGUGUCCGUACAGGCCAUCGCGCCGUGAAAUAACCACUCCCAACUGAG